CAUCCCUCCCACUAGUAUGUUUUCUCUUUCUCACUCUCAGACAACCACACACACACACACACACACACACACACACACACAGUCAAUUCCUAAUGUAAUGUAAAGGUGUAAGAUGUAAUUAUUAAUAAAAAGGGGGAUAUAUUAUAUUCAGAAGUCUGUAUUUUUUAAUGUGUUUUAAAGACAUCUUGCAGAAGGGGGGCCUCGGUCAAAUGUUAACGCCAUUUGGGGGGCCUUGCCCUGGAAAAGCUUGGGAACCCCUGCCUUAACGGGUUAAAGUGAACCCUAUAAGGUUCUUUGUAGGACUGGAAAAGGUUCUCCUAGCAUCACUCUUAUCAUAGAACCUUACUUUGUUUCUGAAGAGCCCGAGACGGAUAAUCCCGCCGAAGCGACGGAAGCGAAGGCUUCGGAUAGAGAAGACCGAGCCCUGAUUUGUUGCUGCGCAGGAGGAGAAAUGAAACACUUUCCACCCUUCUAGUGACGCAUGCAGGCUGCUUAUUUACCUAGCUGCGAUAUUAAUACGUAAACAAACAAACAAACAAACAGCGUCGCUUUUAAAUAUAUUACGUGAAAUAAGUAACGGAACGGAAAUGAAUUCACGUUAAUCGUGGACUAAGGGAAGAUUUCCCUUCACACUUCAUUCCUAAUUACACGGGCUAUAAUUUACUCUCUGUAGUCGCCCAGUAGAUUAAAUGAUAUUGUAUUAAUUAAUGAGGAACACAGGAUUGCUACCUCUUGUUAUUUAUAGGGUUGUUUUUUUUUUUUUUUUGGAGUCUGUUUGGUUGGAUUGAGCAACGCUCCUUGAAUACUAACCAGUGGAAAUGCCAUCACAUCACAUCACAGCUUACACGCCUGAAAGAGCAGCCAUUUAUUUCAAUUGCAAAUGAGGUUUUUUUUUUUUUCUAACCUGACCCUUAUUCGGAUGGGGUGAGAUAAUAGAUUUUUUUUCCCUCUCCAUCGGCAUAGGAGUGAAUUAAUUCUGUGGAUUAAUUUGGGAUUUGUAGUUUUGUAUGAGAAAGUCAUCAAGCAGGUUGUGGUCGAACAGCCAGGGAUCUGUGCGUCUGGGGGAGGAGGGGAGAGGUGCGCAUGCGCAGAGAGAGAGAGAGGGCGGGAGAGAGAGAGAGAGGUGAUCAGGGAGCUGUCCGGGUCUGGUGGUGCUGUUUGCUUGUCGGUAUUCGUCCUCAUCAGAGUGCUGUGUGUGUGUGAGUGUGUGUGAGAGUAUGUGUGUGUGAGUGUGUGUUGUUGUUGUUGUUUUUUUUAUGGACGCCAUGGACGAUGAGUUGAAAUGUCCAGUAUGCGGGUCCUUCUUCAAGGAGCCGAUUAUUUUGCCGUGCUCGCACAACGUGUGCUUGGCGUGCGCGCGGAACAUCACGGUGCAGACCCCGGAUGGUGAGCCUCCUCCGCCGCCGAGCCGCGCGUCGGCCGGCUCGGACUACGACUACGCGGACGCGGACAAAAUGAGCGAGACGGACAGCGGUUACGGUUCGUACACGCCGUGCGCCAAGUCGCCGAACGGCGUGCGCGUGUUCCCGCCGGCGCUGGCGCUUCCGUCGGCCCACCGCCACCGCUCCGUGACGUGCCCGCUGUGCCACCGCAGCGCGUCGCUGGACGAGCGCGGCCUCCGCGGCUUCCCGCGCAACCGCCUGCUCGAGGCCGUGGUGGCCCGGUGCCGCGCGACCCCCGCCAAGUGCCAGCUGUGCGACCACAACCCGGCCGACGCCACGGUCAUGUGCGAGCAGUGCGACGUGAUGUACUGCGCGCCGUGCCAGCAGCGCUGCCACCCCGCACGCGGGCCCCUCGCCAAGCACCGGCUCGUGUCGCCCGCCACCGGAGCCGUCGCGCGCACCGCCGGCGCCGGAGCCCAAUCACCCUCCCCCGCGGCCGCCGCGUGCGCCGAGCACGACGCGCAGACCUACACCGCGUACUGCGUCACCUGCAAGAUCCCCGUGUGUUACCUCUGCAUGGAGGACAGCAAGCACGGAAAGCACGACGUCAAACCCACAGCCGCCAUGUGGAAGCAGCACAAGUGCCAGUUAUCUCAGGCGUUGAAUGGCGUCUCUGAUAAAGCGAAGGAUGCCAAGGAGUUCCUGGUGCAGCUGAAGAACCUGCUCCAACAGAUCCAGGAGAAUGGCGUGGAGUUUGAAGCGUGUCUGGUGGCACAGUGUGAUGCCCUGAUUGAAGCGCUCACACGGCAGAAAGCCAAGCUGCUCACCAAGGUCACAAAGGAGAAAGAGAGCAAGCUGAAGACGGUCAGAGACCAGAUCACACACUGCACUAUGAAGCUGAGACAGACCACCGGCAUGAUGGAGUUCUGUCUGGAGGUCAUCAAGGAGAACGACCCGAGCGGCUUCCUACUGAUCUCGGAUGCGUUGAUUAAACGUGUUCAGCUCUCUCAGGAUCAGUGGGUUAAAGGCGCUCUGGAGCCGAAGGUUUGCCCCGAGUUCAACCUGAGCCUCACCACCGACCCUCUGCUGCAGGCCAUUCUACAACUCGACCUUAUCCAGGGCCAGGAUUCUCACACUCAGGAGACUCCGUUACUGAGAUACAAACUCGCCGGCGUCCAGAAAGAGACGCAGAGCGCAGGAGCAGAGAACCCUGGAGUCCCUCCUGCUCCUUUACUGGAGCUGGAGAAGUGCUGCCUGCGAAACAACAGCGCCACUCUGGCUUGGAGGUUAAUUACACCUCAGCCGAUUCCCAUCGAGGGCUACAUCCUGGAACUGGACGAUGGAAAUAGUGGACAGUAUCGGGAGGUGUACGUGGGGAAGGAGACGGUGUGCACGGUAGACGGUCUACACUUUAACAGCUCCUACAACGCCCGGGUCAAAGCCUACAACUCUGUCGGAGUCGGGGCUUACAGCAAGACCGUGGUCUUAAAGACUUCUGACGUUGCCUGGUUCUCCUUUGACCCUACCUCAGCGCACAGAGACAUCGUUAUGUCCAACGAGAACCAGACGGUGAGCUGCAACAGCUACGACGACCGCGUGGUGCUCGGGACGGCUGCUUUCUCCAAAGGAGUUCAUUACUGGGAGCUCAGCAUCGAUCGCUACGAUAACCACCCGGACCCUGCGUUCGGUGUGGCGCGCAUCAACACGGCGAAGGACGCUAUGCUGGGGAAAGAUGAUAAAGCCUGGGCCAUGUAUGUGGACAACAACCGUUCGUGGUUCAUGCAUAACAACUCGCACACCAACAGGGCUGAGGGGGGAAUAACCAAAGGGUCAACUGUUGGUGUUCUACUGGACCUGAUGAAACACACGCUUACAUUUUUCAUCAACAAAGAACAGCACGGCCCAGUGGCCUUCGAGAACAUGGAGGGUGUGUUCAUGCCCGCGGUCAGCCUCAACCGCAACGUACAGGUGACCCUAAUCACAGGUUUAGAAGUACCAAAGAACAUCAAAUAACGACCUCUGACCUGUGGGGACGAGGUACGUCUGGGUUGUACCUCUGGGUUGUUUUUCGUCACGAGGCAAGCCACUGCUCGACGCCAUUUGGUUGGAGAUCAAAGAGGACUUUUCAAAAACCACACUAUAUCUCAAAUAUAUUUGGGUUUGGUUUUGUUUUCUUCUUCUGCAUUCUUAAAGGAAUCUCAGUGGGUACAAUCAGAACGCAGUGUGUUUACAGUAAACUCAUCCCAGGCAGCAUUCCCUACAGGACCAGUAAGCUUUGA